GUCACUCGUUCUUCUACCUUCGUCAGACGUUCGUUUGUGCAAAUUCAUUUUUCUCAAGUAAACCUACGGAAAUCAGAUUUAAAUUAGACUUUCUUCCUACGUUAUCGGGAAACAAGAUUUACGAGAUUGGAAAAGGAAUAUUUUAGAUCUUAUGAUCGAUCUUACGAUAGAUCUUGCGAUUCGACCACAGUCGAGGAAGGGAAGAGAGAGAGAGAGAGAGAGAGACAGAGACAGAGACAGAGAGAGAGAGAGAGAAAGAGAGAGAGAGAGAGAGAGAGAGAGAGAGAGAGAAAGAAAGAAAGAGAGAGAGAAAGAAAGAUAAAGCGAAAGGCGAGUUUUAUCAGUGAUCAAGGGUGGUCCAAAUAACAGGUAAGCUAAAGGGAGGAAGGAAGGAGAAGUUGAGUCUCGGAAGCUCGCAAAGAAGAAGAUCGAGGAAAGGAGAAGGUGGGUCGUGCGAGCCGCGUUAAAAGCACUCGUGACCUCGUGGACGACGCAGCUGGAAUUCGUCGCAUCACGGCAUUGCCUUUUCAUGUGUAAAUUUCGAGGGAUUACGAUCGCUACCGCACUCUUUCGUACGACGACAACGACGACGAGGACUACUGCACGGUUCGACCUUCUAUUACUCCGAUUAUAUAACACCAUCGGUACCACCUUCGAAAACGAGAUCUUACAAUUUUUAUUGAUCUUCGUUCGAAACAUCGCGUUCGAUUUUAUCUUGAAAACUUUCGCUUUCUUUUAUUCAUUCAUCAACGGAGAAAAAAGUAAAAGAGAUUUUCAUUCGAGAUAAAAGAUUUUGAACUUUGCUCGGUCUUGGUAAAGAAACGAUAUUAAAACUCUAUACUUUCUUGACGGGGUCACCGGAUACUAGCUGUUUUAAGAAUGAGUAAAAUCGAGCUGUGUUUAUGUUCUUGGUCAUUGUUAACUGCUGCAACUCGCUGAACAACUACUCGAGUCAUUUCGUACGUAAUAUUCUAUAAUAUUUCUGUGUUGGCAAGAAAACCGAUCGAACAGCUGUUUAACAUACAUCGAUGUCUCGAUGGAAUAUAAUACCGAAUUAUGGCAGCACCCUCGCGUUCUUAUGUAAAUUAUACUUUUAAGAGAUACGCUCGGUUACAACACUGAAACGAUUGCCACGUGUUAGACGAAAGAUUAUGCAUUUUUUACUUUGGCAACGUUACGAGACUACCUUCGUUACUCGUUGCUCGAUGACGAAAUUUAGAGAGUCGUAACAAUGCCACGUCAAAAGAAUCAUUGAAAGAGAGAGAGAGAGAGAGAGAGAGAGAGAGAGAGACGCACACAAGCGAGCUAUAUUUUUCUCAAUUUUCUUCGUUAUUCCCGCUAAUCAUAAUGAGUUAUUCAAACGACUCUUUUUGCCAUUGAUUUUUCAUCGAUAAAAGGAAAAUAUAUACAGAAAAUUAAAAACCGCGAUAACUCGAAAAUAAAGCGACUUUCAUUUGAAGUGUAAAAGAUAUUACGUUGGCAAUGAUUUUCGGCGAUAGUAAGGUGAGUUGGUUCGUUAUCGCGUUAUCGCAUCGUCGACUGAUAAUGGACAAUCGCGACUCCUCUCGAAGAUGAUACGAUACGAUGAGAUUCCUGUCGUUGGACUUUAUGUAUAACAGAAAGAAGUUAUUACUGACACACACACGCACACACACAUAUAAUCUUGCAUUGUAUAAAAACAGAAUUCUUUUUCUUUUUUUAUUUUGCGAAAUGUUUUUCUUUUGGAAUAGUUCAAAUUUUAAGCUCGCUGGAAUUCAGAAAUAAAUGCAAAAUCGUUUAAAAUAAUAAUCUAUGAUACUCUUUCGGAGUCAUCUAUCAACGAUACUCAUAAAUUCUUAUCAUUUCAGUGUUUCCCUAGCAUUACCUUCAUAGAUAAAACUUGAAGCGUCGAAUCAAGAAAGACAUUCCGGAAACUUUCAAAUAUAUCUCGACAAGAUAAAUACGGCUUUCGAAAAAGAGAGACAGUUCGUAGCUUGAACAAACAUUUGAUUAAAACGAACGUACUUGUCUGAAUAUUGUAUUAAACAAAAAAGAAAAAAGUAUCGUUACCUCGAUCUAAUAAUCUAAAUCAUCUACAAGAGAGUAGAAGACGUACGAGAGAAUAGCAAAAAAAAAAAAAAAAAAAAAAAAAAAAAAAAAAAAAAAAGAAGAACGAAACGGAGUGCAGUAGCCUCGGAGCAACGCGUUUUACCCUGUUUAAGCAGUUGCUUGUAAGAGGUGAAAAUGUCAUCUGAGCAAACACCUUAAGAGUCGCAACUUUUUUAUAUCUCUCCGUAGUUUGUUCGGGCAUUAGUCGAUGUGCGAUAAUUGCGGUAGACUUUGCGAGUAAAGACUUCUCGUGUAAUUAAGAUCAUUUCGAUGCAGAGAAUAUUUUAUCAUAUCAUCCUAAAAGAUCUUUCGCUGUGUGCGUACGUACGCGGCAUCUAUAUUCUGUAGAAAUUAAUUCUGAAAGUUAAAAAAUCAAUUAAUUACAAGUACUCUCCGAUAAAAAAUGUAUAUAUUUCAUAAUUAGUUUUACUCACUGUAGGUGCAUCGAAAUUUUGGAAGGAAAGAAAAAAAAAGAAAAGAAAAAAAUGAGAAAUAAUCGCAUCUUAAGUAGACAAAGUCGAGCAGGAUCCUACAGUAUCGGUCUAAAGAAAGUGUUAACAACCGAUGGCACGAGCUAACGCGAGUAGCUCAUGUUUGCCAUGCAAUCAGGUGGCAACGCUAAAGAGGGAGAAGUAGCUCGCACCUCCCCGAUAACGAGCUCGAGAAGCGAGUUUGAGGCACGCUUUCCGUGCUAUUCGAUGUUUCUCCUAGCAUGCGUCCGCAUGCGUUGCGUUCACGACACCCUGGAGGCUAAUCCUUUGAUACUCCUCGAACUAAAACCAUUAAGAAAAUUAUUAUUUCGAAAGAACUCAAGGACGAAGAUUUUUAUCGUUCUUAUGUCACAUCAUUAUAUUCUACAACUUGAUAAAAUGAUUAAGUAUUUUUUUGUAGCGCUUCACAAUCAUCAGCAAAGAAUCAAAGUGUUUGAGAAAAUGAAAACGAGGCGCGAACUAUGAAGAGAGCUAUCCAUCGACAGUAUGGUAAAAAGAGACACUGUCAUGGAGUUGCUCUCUUUGUGGACGCCGUCCGAUACAACGACGAUAUUUUAUCUAUUUUCUCACGUCCUGAGGAACAUUGGAAGCUAUCGAAUGUCAUCGAGAAUUUAACGAGUAAGUAAUCUUUCUCAUCGGAAACUCAUUGAUCGAAAUUCAAUUCCGAUCAAUGACCAAUUUCUCUUCAUGGGAAAAUGAAUUAAAGGAUGUGGACCAUAUUCUGAGGUCAUUCAUUCGUUGGAACGAAUCCAAAAAGAUAUUUCCCAUUAGUAAAGACUGCAAAAGUCGAUGCUUGUAAAUGCAAUGGAGAAGUCUCACACGUUCCGUUGUUUUCUUUCUCUCUCACUUACACGCUUCCUGUAUUUUGCCUCGUCGAUUUUAAUUAUUCCUAUUUCUUCUCCCUUCCGUGUUUGUGACACGUUGAACUUCAAUAAACUGUCCCUUAUUUCUUUCUUUAACUACGUGUAUAGGUUCUUUAUUUCUUUUUCUUUUUCUUUUUCCUUUUCUUUUUAUAUAAGCAAUUAUCCAUUUUGCAAAUACGUAUACUCACUUGCUUAACGUAGCUAUAGACAUUUAAAUGCAUCUUCUCCGAUGUGGUUAGAAAGGCACGACAUACGCAUUGUCCUCCCCUUACGUCACUUCGUAGAAAUUGUCGAACUCGUGUGAUCGUCUAUGCGUAAACUAAAAGAAGAAAGAAAAGAAGAAGAAGAAGAAGAAGAAGGAGAAGAUAAAACGUCGAGAGAGAAAGACAUCUCGACAAUGUACGAUCGAAACAAUAGCAGCGAGACCAUACUGAAUGAAAGGGAAUGUCGAAAUCAUCGAAGGAAACGUAACACCCAUCGUCGUAUUUCAUUGCUUUUUGUUCGCUCAAUGAAACUCUAUGAAAUAUUUCCUUUCCAAGUAUAUCUUUCGCACGUAUUUGCUUAUCGGAAAUGUGGAAAAGGUUUAUUGCAAAAGAUUCCUCGUUGAAAAGAGAUGGACCAGACUAACGGCACCAGACGACAAACAAAAGUCAUUAUACUUUCGAGAUAUUACGUUUGAUAGCGCAUAUAGAGGAGAACAUAAGCUCGGCAUUGCGUUCGUAAUUCGCGAUAUACCAUCAUAAAUAACUCCAUUUAAUUAUCGCGAUAAGCAAGCGAGUUCGAACUCCACCCAUCUUGUUCGAGAGAAACGCGAUCUUUCCUACGUGUAAUAAUGCGUAAGAAUGUGCAACAUGUAAUGUGUUAGUAACGCGAAUAUCGAACAAGGAGAAAGAAAAAUUAAAUUUCAAAAAUCGCGCCCGGAACGAUCGAGCAAAGUGAUUGGUCGAACGAAGGGUGUCAUUAAAUCGUCAAAAUCUAACUUUAUCGCGAUAGAUAUUAAAAAUUGUUAAAAACAUUCGAUGGGCUUUAUGAAAAGUAUGAAAAGUAAUACUUUCUCUUUUUUUGUGCCGCCUUGCGAUCAAGUUGAGAUAAGAACUAUAGGCUAAUAAAUUGUUAAGUGUCGAGAAGAAACCAAAUGUAAUUAUCGUCACCACGAAUACAUUGGCAAAGAUAUAGAAAGAAAGAGAGAGAGAGAGAGAAAGAAUUCUUCCGGCAAGUGCGUGUUUCAUAACGCUCGCAUCUUCGGUUUUGUAGAGAGACACACUAGACGAUUACGUGUCUCAAUGUAUGUGCAUAUAUAUAUGUGUGGUGUGUGUGUGUGUAUUGUAUUGCACGUGUAGUAGAUUUACUUAAACUACUUAAAUGUAUUUGCUGCACAGAAGACGUACAAGCUCGUAAAUGUCUUUUCGAACGUCGCGAAUAAUCAUCAAGCCUCUCUCUCUCUCUCUCUCUCUCUCUCUCACUCUUUUUAACUCUUUCUUAGUUCUAAUAAGAAAAGUCAUAACGACUGCAAAAGAUAUUUGUAACGCUCGAAAAAGAAUCGUCGAUUUUUAUCGAAAUAAAUAUCAGACAGAAGAAAUUAUACGUUCGAAUAAUCAACAAGUAGUUGAUUAGAUGUAUGUUCAAUGUAUAUAUGAAAUUUCUAAUAAUAGAAUUUCUUUGUGAAAAAAAGGCCUGUUUUCCAAUGCAUAAUGUUAUCUAAAGAAAAAAGAAAAAAAAGAAAAAAAAAAAGAAAAGAAAGAAAGAAAGAAAAAAAAAGAAAAAUGAUAAUUGUUCCAUUCGAAUUAUAAAUGAGCCCAAUUUUAUUUUCGACGAUCAUCUUUGAAAAUAACGCGUGACGAUGCUUUUCUUAUCUAGUUUAUCUAUAGAUAUAGGUAUAUACAUACAUACGUAGGAAAUUCCGAGGACACUUGGUACAUGUUUACUGGAAAUUUUUGAGCUCGACACUUAUCUUCGAAGCCAAAGACGAAAUUUCGAAACGUAAAACUUAACCUCCAUUUUAAUAUCUAAUAUUAAUCUUCUCGUCCUGAAAGAAGAUUAAUAAAAGAAAGUGGAAUUAUUUCGCAGCAACUUGCCUGGUUUCUUCGAUAAGUGAAGUUAGGCACAAUAUGGAUGCCGGAGGUCAAUAAGUCGGUAUUCCUUAAGAAUAUUCUUGCAAAAUGGGAAAUCAACUAGUGGGCAUUGCCCCCAGCCAAAUAUUUCCAGUAGAACAUUAUUUAACAGAUCACAAUGAUUUACUAUUCGAUGUUAACCUAGGAAGCACUAGAUUUUUCAAAGUAGCACGAGCACGAAGCGAAGAGGGAUUGAUAGUAGUUAAAGUUUUUGCAAUACACGAUCCAACAUUACCACUGUCAGCUUAUAAGGAGAAACUAGAAGAGAUUAGAUCAAAGCUUGCUUCUGCAGUUAAUUGUUUACCCUUUCAAAGAACAAUUUUGACAGAAAAGGCUGGCUCAAUAAUGAGAGAAUAUGUAAAAUAUUCUUUGUAUGAUAGAAUUAGCACUAGGCCAUUUUUAACAAGCAUUGAAAAAAAGUGGAUUACUUUUCAAGUUCUCUAUGCGCUUCAUCAAGCUCAUAAGUUUGGAGUUUGUCAUGGAGACAUAAAACUAGAAAAUAUAAUGAUAACCAGCUGGAACUGGGUACUGCUAACAGACUUUGCAAGUUUUAAACCAACCUAUCUACCAGAGGAUAAUCCUGCUGAUUUCUCUUAUUUUUUUGACACGUCAAGAAGAAGAACAUGCUAUAUAGCACCCGAAAGAUUUGUAAAAACGCUUUCCUCUGAAUUGAGCAAUACCAUUCUAUUACCGGAACAAGAAGUCAAAACCGGUGAUUUGAAUCCAAUGAUGGAUAUAUUCUCCGCAGGUUGCGCUUUAACAGAAUUAUACAAUGAAGGACAUCCACCAUUUGACUUUUCCCAACUUUUAGCAUAUAGGAAUAAUGAAUAUUCGGUUGCCAAACAUUUGGAUUCUAUAGAAGAUGUUGGUAUAAGAGAACUACUUGGUUCUAUGCUAGAAAGGAAUCCUACAAAUCGAAAAUGUGCCGAGAUUUACUUAGCACAAGCUCGUGGAACGGUCUUUCCUGAAUAUUUUUAUUCUUUUCUACAGUCUUACAUGCUUAUAUUCUCAGCAGCGCCCAUUCUUUCACCGGAUGAGAAAAUAAAUAGAUUGAAAAAAGAUAUUGGAAAUAUUAUAAGCAUAUUUAAAGCAGAAGAAACUGAGAGGAUAAAGAUGAAUCAAAAGAACGGCCAAUGCGCGAGUAAUCCAGAAUCCACAAAAGAAGAUUCUGGUCAAAGCGAAGAAAAUACAGUAAUUGAAACUGACAGUGAUCAAAGUUUUGAUAAGACCGAAUUAAAUCAAGUAGAUCAGAAAACCUCAUCAAUACCUGAUACUGGCUGUGAUAUUGCGACUGAACAGAAUUCUCAUCCUAAACAAUCGCAAGUGGAGAAAAAUAGUACGGAGGUGGAUAAAAAAAGUAUUACCCCUGCUGAGAUUUUAGAAGGUCUUGUUAUCGUAACGCAACUUGUAACCUCCUGUAUAAGAGGUCUACAUCAUUCUCAAUCUAAAUUGCAAAGUUUAGAAAUUAUGCUUGAAUUGGCAGAAAAUACGUCGGACGAAACGAUUCUUGACAGAAUUUUGCCAUAUAUCUUUCAUUUAGUUCAUGAUCCAGCACCACGCGUAAGAGUAUCCGCUAUUCAUACAUUAACGAAAUGUUUACAUCUUGUUAAAUCGAUCCCACCCUCUGACGUGAAUAUAUUUCCUGAAUAUAUUCUACCAGGGUUAUCGCAUAUUACUCAAGAUGAGGCAGUUAUUGUUAGAGCAGCUUAUGCGGAAAAUAUCGCCCAUCUCGCUCAUAUUGCGUUACGAUACCUUGAGAAUUCUCACUUAUCUAAUCUCGGAAACAAAGAAGGACCAAAGCCUAGUUACGAUAGUGAGCUGCAAACGUUGCACGAAAUGGUGCAACAAUCUGUGUCUAUGCUUUUAACAGAUCCGCAAAAUUUGGUUAAGCAAACUUUAAUGGAAAAUGGAAUAAACAAGUUGUGUGUAUUUUUUGGAAAACAAAAGGCAAAUGACAUUUUACUGAGUCACGUUAUCACUUUCUUAAAUGACAAAGAAGAUAAAGAGCUUAGGGGAUCGUUUUUCGAAUGCAUAGUCGGCGUAGCAGCUUAUGUUGGCUGGCAUAGUAGUCCAAUACUUAUGCCUCUUCUUCAACAAGGUUUAGCUGAUCCUGAAGAAUUUGUUACGACAAAAGCUAUUAAUGCAAUGACGACUCUUACAGAGUUGGGUUUAUUACAUAAAUCUGCAUUGUAUCAACUUCUAUCCGAAACUAUGAUUUUCUUGGUGCAUCCGAACUUGUGGAUCAGGCAUGCAACUGUAGGAUUUAUAUCGGCGUCAGCGAGAACACUCAAUGUAGUCGAUGUACAAUGUAAAGUUCAAACGAUGAUACAACCAUAUUUAAAACAUCCACUUAUUCAGAUUGAGAAGGAAGUUUUAUUAUUAGAAGCUCUUGUGGCCCCUAUUUUACGUAUAAUUUAUGAUGAGGUAAUAAAAUGCAAUGACAUAGAGAAAUUAUUUCAAGUCCUUGAACAAAGACAAUCCGCAAGGGUCGAGGCAUCUACAGGGAUUGUUCCACGAUAUAACGAUAUGUCAAUUUCUUUAAGCAAACUUUUUAGACGUUUGAAUUCCGAAUCUAUGACGGAAACGGUUGAGGAUCAAUUGCUCAUAAUGAAGCCGCAUUUAAUGAAAAUAAAUAAAUAUCGUAAUUCGGUUGAUACCAAACAGAGCACGGUUAAACCUCUAGAUGGAAAAUUAGAGUUGAAUACUAUGAAGGAUAAAAUAAGACAUCACAUUGUCAUACUAUAUCCAGAUACAAAAGGUGAUUUAGGUCUUCCAUCUUAUAAACGAUUGGAUAGAAGAACGUCCGACACUACCGGUACUUAUGCCUCGAUGAAUCAAGAAUGGCGCACGAUGUUUGCUGCUCAAGAGAAUACCCAGCAUACGGUAUUAAAAUUGGCGGAUAUGACUGGAAAUAGUGGAAGUCCUAAUCAAAGUAUGCAUGGAGGUGAUAUACAUUUGUCACCACAACAUAGUCUGUCUGACAUGAAUAGUAUAAACGACCAUUCUCUACACGAGCGUUCUUACAUACAAUAUGCAACACUUUAUGGUUUUGCAGAUCGAUGUGCACCUUGCAGAUUAGAAGUAAGACAAUUGACUUAUAGAAAACAAGAGCAGCAUGCGGCUGCUUUAAGGGCACAACAUUGGGCUGAUAAUAUUGCAUGGCAAACUGGCUCUAGAUUACUACCAAGUGGAUGGAGACCACGAGGUGUUCCCGUUGCUCAUCUCCACGAACAUAGAGCUGCAGUUAAUAGAUUAGUGUCUAUCCCAGACAGCAGUCUCUUUGCCAGUUCUUCGGCGGAUGGAUGCAUUAAAAUAUGGGAUGCUAGCAGAAUGGAAGGUCGAAGCAUUGUCAAUCGUUCUAGGCAAACGUACAUGCAUAGAGGUGGGCCCCUUGUUGGUUUAGCUGUCUGUGAACAGGGACAAUCGAUAGCAAGUUCUGCUAGCCAAUCUGGAACAGUAUUUAUAUUGAGGAUAGAACCAAAUUCCAGUAAAAUGAGUGUUCUUUACACUCGACAGUUGGACAUUCAAGACGAAGGAUGUGCAGUUGAUAUACAAUAUUUAGAUUCUGGAUCGCAAUCAGUUCUUGUAUAUGCUUCGCUAUAUGGAUCCUUAGUAGGAUGGGACUUGCGAUGUCCCGGAACGACGUGGCGAUUGGAAAAUGAUUUGAAGUAUGGAAUAAUAACUUCAUUUUGUGUUAAUAGUUAUCAACAAUGGUUAACUCUUGGUACAAGCUCAGGUGUCCAUACUUGUUGGGAUUUAAGAUUCCAAUUACCGAUUACCAAUAUCAAACAUCCAACGGGGGCAAGAGUUAGGAAAGUUAUAACACAUCCUACUGAACAUUCAUGGAUAAUAUCAGCCGUACAAGGGAACAAUGAAAUUUCCAUGUGGAAUUUAGAAACGGAUUUCAGACAAAUGGUACUUUGGGCGUCGAGCGCGCCACCGCUCAGUCAUAGUCAAGGUGGUCACAGCGUUUGUUCGAUGUAUUCGGGAUGCAUCGACCGUUCGGGCUUUUUAUUAGCUGGUGGAACUGAUAUGCGAUUACGUUUUUGGGACUUGAACACACCCAAUGAUUCUCACGUUGCAUUACCCGCAGCCAAUGACGUUGUUCCUCCAAAUUCAUACGCAUAUGAGCAACGCUUGAUAGACGGUACAAAUGUGGUUCAAGAAGUAUUAGCUGGUGGUUGUUCUAUGCCUUCGUCAGGAGGAGGUAGUAAUGCCAGAGGAAGAAAUCCAGAGGAAGGUGGACAAGGACCAGAAACUCCACCAUCUGGUCAUCACGACACUAUAUCUGCCGUAGCUAUGUCCAAUACGUGUAUACUCACAGGCAGUACCGACGGAUUAAUACAAGUUUGGAAAUGAUUGUUUUCUUUUAACGUCAUUCGCUAUUCAUCUGUUCAAGCUUUUGUAAAAUAUCGUUCCCUCUAUGCAAGAUUCUUAUUGCAAAACAGAUUUGUAAAUUUACAAAUAAUGGAACAUCGACAUUUUAUAUACACAAGACUCCUAUGGUAAUAUUUCUGUGAUUCUAAAUUGUGUGCGUGCAUAUAUAUAUAUAUAUAUAUAUAUAUACAUAUAUAUACAUAUAUAUAUAUAUAUAUAAACACUUUGUAUUAGUUGUUGAUAGCCACGGUAAUAUUAAUCACCAAUAAGAAUCGUUAAAGCGUAGAAAUUCGAGACGCAUUUCGUAAUGAAAGAGACAUGAAAACUUACCAUAUUUUAAGAUAAUAUUUAAUAUUUACUGUAAAUAAUUUAUUUUUGUACGUUACAUAGUACAUACUCGAUAAUAGAGGAAGAAUAUUUCAAGAUGAUUAAAUUAUACGAUUUAUAGUUACGUACGGCUUGAGAACUGGAUUCUCAUUGGAAUAAGGAAAUCGGUGAAAGAUGUACAAAGCUUUUCUCAUUUGUAUGCUUGCCUAUUUUCUGCAUAGUUCACAGAUAGAUGAUCCGUGACUCUAAUGUAAAUGCUUAUAUAGAAGAACUAUAUAUCGACUGAUAUACUUUUAAAUAGAAUUUAGAAUUUUAUUGUAAUAAAUUCAUAUUUUUAAAACUAA